AUGUUAUCUGUCCUUUCUAUGGGCAAAGCUGUGGAGAAGGAGGUAAGUGUUGAUAAAUUGGAAGAAAGUAAUCCAGUGGAGUCUGAGAAGCUGAAUGGCUCUAUUGACAUAUCAGAGAAAGAAGAUAACAAGAAAGAGGAAGUUAAAAAGCCUGAUCCUAGAGCAUUUACCAUACCGUGCAUAGUUGGGUCCACAAAGUUUACCAAAGCUUUAUGUGACAUAGUAACAAGUAUAAAUCUGAUGCUGAUUGAUAUCUACAAGAAGCUUGGAUUGGGGCAGCCUACCCCCACAAUGAUGCGUCUUGUUAUGGCAAAUAGAUUGGUUAAGCGAUCGGUUGGUAUAUUGCAGGAUGGGAUGGUAAAGGUGGAUAAUUUUAUUCAUCCUUCAGACUUUGUGAUACUAGAUUGUGAUGUUAAUUUAGAGGUGCCCAUCAUCUUGGGUAGACCAUUAUUAGCCACGGGGAGAGUAUUAGUUGAUAUGGAGCUCAAAGAGCUCAAGUUCAGAUAUAGGGAAAAGGAGGCCAUAUUUAAAAUGCAACCUUCUAUGAAGCAGAUAGAGGAGAUAAACAUCAUCUCGGUUGUGGAUGUAUUCUAG